UGUGUGUGUGAGAGAGAGAGAGAGAGUGUGUGUGUGUGAGCGUGUGCGAGCGAGCGUGCGUGUGCGCGCGAUAGAGCGUGUGCGUGUGAGAGCGCGUGUGUGCGUGUGUGUGUGUGUGAAGCAGUUGAGGGAUCAGAGCGGAAAUGCUUGUUCAUUCUGUAGCGUGCGGUGCAUGUGACUGAAUAUUAUUUAAUUAAAUUACAUCCUUCUGCUUUUUAAAGAUCACACUUGGCCAUAUCUAGAGGUUUUUCAUUUUAUUUUCAAAUUGUCAUUGAUUUCAUCUCAAAACGGUCAUAUCUCAUAUAAUUUUGCUUAUGACAGCAUACCGUAAUAUGGUACCGAAAUUAGCAAGAUGAUAUCCUACUGUUAUAAUUUUUUUUUGUACCGUGAUACUUCGUUAGUACCGGUAAACCAACCCUAGCCCCCAGAAGCCAACGGCCCCCUAAAAAUACAAAUAAUAUGUUUAUAUAUAUAUAUUACAAUUAUUGUUUCCGUAUAACAUAUAAAAAAAAAGGGCUACAACACAAACAUUUAAAACAACACAUCUCCCUCCACUGCCCUUCUCCGGGAGCCUUCUAAAAAGGCUAAAUAGUUGCCCCAUUUCUUAUUGAAUUAAUCCAUUUUGAAUAGCCUUCUAUGUGACAGUUCUUCAAAUGUCGCUGCCCUGCCCAUCUUCGCAUACCACUCACGAAACGAGGGCACUCCAGCUGACUUCCAUCCUCUAAUGAUUACCUGUAAUCAUAACACCGGCCAGGAUCCAAUUCUUCAUGUACUUAUCCCCUACAUCAGUGACCGCCCCAUCACCUAAAAUACAGAGUCUGGGGAAAAAUAAGAUUUGAAUACCUAAUAUGUCACCCAUAAAUCUGUGGACCCUCAGCCAGAAUUCUUGGAUCUUUACACACCACCAAAAAAACAUGGGUUGUGUCUCCAUCUUCUGAUUGGCAUCGCCAGCAGGUGGGUGUGUCUUUAAGACCAAGCCUAUACAAUCUAGAGGGGGUCCAAUAGAAUCGAUGUAAAAUCUUAAAUUGCAUCAGGCACACCCUUGCAUCUCUAGAUCUAGUAUCUGCCGCUUUAAGGGGGUGUAAACUACUCGCAAGGUCAAGUUGGAGUUUUUAGUUGUUCAUAAUUUGCAGUAUCAUGUUUUUAUUAUUGGUGUUACUUCUGUCCCUUAUUUGGAUAUGUAUGAUCAUAAAGUAUGAUUCUAGAGGUUUGUGAAUAUCCCAUCCCCUAUUUGACUGUUGGCACCUUAUUGGGUCUUUUCAAAGAAAUCGUGAAGCUGAUGGAAUUGCAGCCCAGUGAAGUUUUCAUGUGUUGAUUUAUUCACUGUCCUCAGAGGUUUGAGUGUUACGAGCCUGAGGGGUGGAAACAAAGGAACAGUUUUUCAUAUUUGCCUCUACAGUUCUUCAUCAGGAUGUUACAGUGAUUGUGGAGAGGUCUGAUCGUGAUGAUGGGAAUUUUCGGGAACCUGGCCUGUUCGAGUCAGGCCAACUGUUACAGCAACACUUCCAAAGACUACUGCUACUCGGCCCGGAUCCGCAGUACCGUGCUGCAGGGUCUGCCGUUCGGAGGAGUUCCCACGGUCCUCGCGCUCGACUUCAUGUGCUUCCUGGUUCUUUUAUUUGUUUUUUCCAUCUUGCGGAAAGUGGCGUGGGAUUAUGGCCGUCUAGCUCUGGUGACCGAUGCUGACAGACAGAAGAGAAGAUUCAGCGGUCUGGAGGAGAGGGAGUAUAGAAGAAAGGAAAGGAAUAACUAUGAACCCGUACGCAGUGUGGCCUCAGCUCUACAUUCUGAAACGCCAGACCGCUAUGAACGUCUCACCUCCGUCUCAAGCUCGGUGGAUUUCGAACAGCGAGAUAACGGCUUCUGCUCCUGGUUAACGGCUAUAUUCAGAAUAAAAGACGAGGAAAUCCGGGAGAAAUGUGGUGAAGAUGCCGUUCACUAUCUUUCAUUCCAGCGCCACAUCAUUGGUCUGCUGGUGGUGGUGGGCGUGCUGUCGGUUGGCAUCGUUCUGCCUGUCAACUUCUCAGGCGACCUGCUUGAAAACAAUGCAUACAGCUUUGGGCGCACAACAAUCGCCAACCUGAAUUCCGGGAAUAACCUCUUGUGGCUGCACACGUCAUUUGCCUUCAUGUACCUGCUACUCACCGUCUACAGCAUGCGACGCCACACGUCAAAGAUGCACUACAAGGAAGACGAUCUGGUAAAACGCACUUUAUUUAUCAACGGCAUUUCUAAAUAUGCAGAAGAGAGCCAUAUAAAACAGCAUUUUGAACAGGCGUACGAGAACUGUAUCGUAUUGGAGGCGCGUGUUUGUUACAACGUGGCCAAACUAAUGGCUCUCAACGCAGAGAGGAAGAAGACUGAACGCAGCAAGAAGUUUUUUACAGAUCUGAUGGCUAAAGAACACAUUCCCACCAUGAUCAACCCAAAGCCCUGCGGUCACCUGUGCUGCUGUGCCAUUACAGGAUGUGAAGAGGAGGAGGCUGUGAGUUAUUACACUAAACUGGAGGCCAAACUAAAAGAGGAAUACAGAAAGGAAAAAGAGAAAGUGAACACUAAACCGUUGGGCAUGGCAUUCGUCACCUUCCAGAAUGAAGCCAUGACUGCAAUAAUACUGAAGGAUUUUAACGCGUGUCAGUGUCAGGGAUGUAAUUGUCGUCAGGAUCCGUGUUCAUCUCAGUUCAGUGAUAGUCUUCACGUCUAUAACUGGAGUGUCAGCUAUGCACCAGACCCCCAAAACGUGCGCUGGGAGCAUCUAUCUUUGGGAGGAGUUUCCUGGUGGCUUCGCUGCUUCAUCAUUAACUGCAUCCUCUUCAUCCUGCUCUUCUUCCUAACCACCCCGGCCAUCAUCAUCUCCACCAUGGACAAGUUCAACGUCACCAAACCAGUGGAGUUCCUGAAUAACCCUAUAGUCACCCAGUUUUUCCCCACUCUGCUGCUUUGGGCAUUUUCCGCCUUGUUGCCCACCAUCGUCUACUAUUCUGCCUUCUUUGAAGCCCACUGGACCAGGUCGGGGGAGAACCGGACCACCAUGCACAAGUGUUACACGUUCCUCAUCUUCAUGGUGCUCUUGCUUCCGUCUCUGGGCCUCAGCAGUUUGGAUGUGUUCUUCCGAUGGCUGUUCGACAAGAAGUUCCUGGCCGAUGCCACAGUCAGAUUUGAGUGUGUCUUCCUUCCCGAUAAUGGAGCAUUUUUUGUGAAUUAUGUCAUCGCGUCUGCAUUCAUCGGAAAUGCGAUGGACCUGCUGCGGAUUCCAGGUCUUCUCAUGUACAUGAUCCGACUGUGUCUGGCUCGCUCGGCCGCGGAGAGACGCAACGUCAAACGGCAUCAAGCUUACGAGUUUCAAUUCGGCGCUGCCUACGCCUGGAUGAUGUGCGUUUUCACUGUCGUUAUGACAUACAGCAUCACCUGCCCAAUCAUUGUUCCAUUCGGACUGAUGUACAUGCUACUGAAACACCUGGUAGACAGGUACAACAUGUACUAUGCUUACCUGCCCUCGAAACUGGACAAGAAGAUUCAUUCUGGAGCUGUCAAUCAAGUGGUAGCAGCACCCAUCCUGUGCCUGUUCUGGCUGCUGUUCUUCUCAACUGUGCGCACAGGUUUUUUGACUCCAACAUCCAUGUUUACGUUUGUGGUGCUAAUCAUCACCAUUGUUGUGUGCCUGUCGCACGUCUGUUUCGGCCACUUCAAAUACCUCAGCGCGCACAACUACAAGAUCGACACUAAAGACACUGAAGUUGACGGAGUGGAGAAUGGACGUCCUGCAAGGUCUUCACCCUCCAACAAAUCUCAGCAGAUGUACAUCGCCCAAGUCCUGCAAGACCCAAACUCUGAUGAGACGGGCGCAGGCAGCGGAGAGGACGACGGCCAGGGGUCCUCGCAGGACGAGGACAUGAUCAACGCGGGGAACAGCCUGAUCGAGGCUGAUUUCCAGUCCGGAGAGGACAGUCUCAUUGCCAAUGAGGUCCACCAGUAACCAGAGGACUGACCUGAGAGAGAGAGAGAGAGAGAGAGAGAGAGAAGAUAGAGAGAGAGAGAAAGAGAGGGCAGUGCCAGAAUACAAGAACCAAUCACAAGGUCUUCAUCUGCACUGUAUGUUUUGUCCCUAUUGAACACUGUGAACUAAAUCUGCAGUAUGUUUGUUUGCUCAGAACAUCAGCACCUUAGAAACCCGCGUCUGCCAAAACACACCAACUGUGUACAUGAGCACAUGUGCCCAUAUUUAAAAAUGCCGACAUGUUCUUUGUACACAUCGAAACACCAAGUGCAUGACCAAGCUUGUUUUCAUGCAACAUUUCCCGCAAGCACAAAGGUUGGUGACGUUUGGAAGGUCUUUUGGAGUGUUGAUAUUUCAAAACCUCAUCAAAAUGAGAGAAAAAAUUACUGGAACUCUGACGCUUUGGAAUGCCGCAACCUCGUCAAUAUCCAUCCAUAUCGUCUACGCAAUACUCCUGGAACAAAGUCUGAUUCCCGAUGGAAAAUUUAAGAGACCAUUCUGGAUUUCCCAAUGAAUAUUUGCUAAAAAGAAAAUGCCACAACUGAUUGGAACCUUGCCAUAAAUCCGGCAUGCUAAAAACUUGUCAGUGUGAGCCAUGCAAAAGUCCUGGAACAAAGCCUGAUUCUCGUUGAAAAUGUUGGAGAACAUUCCCGGGAUUUCCCGUUUCGUUCAAGCUAAUGAAUAUAUAUAAAAAAAAAAAAAUUAAAAAAAAGACACAAGUUUGAUUGGAACCAUGGUGUAAAUCGGACAUGACACAACCAUGUCAAUGUCAUCUAUGCAAAACUCCUGGAACAAUGUCUGAUUCAUAUUGGGAGAAGUUGGAGACCAUUACAGAGUUCCUGUUUCAGUCAAUGAGUAUUUGCUAAAAAUGUGUCGUAACUCAGAUUGGCACCUUGCCAUAAAAUCCAUCCAUGUCGUGAAUGCAAAACUCCUGGAACAAAGUCUGAUUCCAAUUUGAAAAGUUGGAGAACAUUCCAGGAUUUCCCAUUUCCCUCAAAUCAAUGACUAUUUAUAAAAAAAAUGUCAUAACUGAACCUUAACAUUAAUCUAGCAUGCCUCAAUGUCAUCAAUGAUGUCAACGCAUAACUCCUGGAACAAGUCUUCACUCCCAAUGGACAAUAUGGAUAACAUUCUGGGAUUUCCCAUUUUGUGCAAUCCAUGACUAUUUGCCAAAAAUUUGCUCUGAUUAGAACCUCAACGUAAGUCCAGAAUGGCAUAUCCUCAUCAAUGUCAGCUACGCAAAACUCCUAAAAAGUCUGACUCAAGUUGGCCACCAUUCUGGGAUUUCCCAUUAAAAAGUCAGGUGAAUAUUUGCAAGUUUGGUUCAGAUACCUAUAUGCCUCAGAAGGAGAAAAGAAACGGAUGGAAAACUCUGAAAAACAGCAAAGAAGGCUCCUCUUUUCUAUCAACAACGCUCUUUCUCUGUCCGAAAGCUCCAAGCAUCCCAUGGUUUGCCUUAAUCAGCAAUAGUAAUAUUUCCUAGUCGACAACACUGCAGAACUGGCUUUGUUUGCUUGCUUUUCAUUGUUCUUUGCCUAAACGAUGGAUUUCGUAUACAUGUGGCAUUCCAAAGGAAAUGUACAAUAGCGGCAUCCGUAGAUGCCAGACGUAUUCAAUGUCCUGAAGUAUCUUCAUUUCAGAAUUUGUCUUGAAAUCGCAAACUUGUUGGAUUUGCCAUUUUAGACUUCCCAAACUGCUUUCACUGUACAGUAUUCUGCCAGAACACUAACCGUACUGAAAGGAAGAGACUACAUACUUUCACUCUCGCUGUAACCGUUCUGUUGUCGGCAUGGGAACUUUAAGCGUCAUUGAAUUCUUCAGUCGCACUCCGAUAUGAACUAACUAAUGUACAGAAUUUCCAGAGACUUUGGGUGUGUAGUGUGUAUGUUUAAUUCUGGAUAAAUCACUGAAUAUAACACUGGCGUUUUUUGUUGUCUAUUGAAUGACCUGUAUUCUUACAUUUUUGUUCAUGGUAUUGUUACUUUGAUUUUGCCUUUACAACCUUAAUGGAUGUGUUUGUAUGCCUGCAAUGGAAUACUAAAAUUCUCGUACUUGUAGCAAAGUUGAAUCACCCUCAAAGCAUAACUUGACCUAGCUAUAUUUAUUGGGUUGCGGACUAGAUACAAUACCAACAAUUGCGCAUUGGAGGAUUUGGAUGCUAGCUAAUAUGCCACUGCAAACCAAUAAGAUAAAAUGCGCACAGGAAAAUAAUCAAAUGAGACUCCUUGACCUGUCAAACACUGGAUUAGAUGUAGUGCUGUCCUGCACCCCUGUAGUUUUUGAGAAUAUAAAAAAGGACAAAAAGGAAAGCUUGCAAAAAAUGACAUUUUGAGGAUUCCCUGAUUUAAAGUUUUCGCCUGGUUCGUUUGUACGAGACGUUGUGGGAGAAAUCAAGAGUAGAAUUUUUUUUUUUUUUGUAAAUAUUUGGAAUAGAAAUGCUAAUUCUCUAUGCCACAAAAGUCUUAGAUUUGCCAUUGGAAAUGCAUUUAAUUAGGAAUGGCUGAGCAAUUUUUCUAAUUGUAUAGUUUGACCUGUGUGGUAGAUCUAUAGUAGUAAUGAAAUGAUGCCCUCAUUGAUUCUCACCCAGCAAAUCGUUGCAAGCGUAUUUGUUGUACAGACUUUUCAUGUAAUUAUUUUUCUUUGGUUUCUCACUUGCUAUUCGUUUAAAGGGGUAGUUUACCCAAAAAACUUAUUAUUCUGCUAUUAUUUACUUACCCUCGUUUCAUUAUGAAGUUGGGGUGAAUAAAUAAUGACACAAUUUAAAGUUUUUGUCUGAACUAUCCCUAAAACUCAACAUAGCUAUCUAGAUUGAUGUGCCAGGAGAUUUUAGUUUAGCAGCCCAAAAUAACAUUUCAUACUGACAGUUUCUUUUUGCUCAAAAGGUUCAAAUUGUUGUCUAAUUGACACUCCGGAGAAAAAGUUGUGUUUUUGUGCCUGAUUUAGGAUCAGACCCGACUCGCUCAUCACCCUUCGUUGUUUAUUCAUAUUCAUUAUAAGCUCGAUUUCAAAACUGAUGCCAGAUCAGAAACAAAGACGCAACUUAUUCCAAAAUUUGUGCUGACUGUAAGUACGGUAAGGUUUGAACUGAUACUGAAGGUCUGCUUGAAGUCUUGUUUGUUACUGUUGUAGCCUAUUCUCAAAGUUCCAAACUAAAGACACUUGGUGUCUCGUUACAAAAGCCGGUGAUGAGUAUGAAUCUUAUGAGGAUAUGUUACCGGUUCGCUUCAGGAUACGAAAAACUGGAUUUAGCAAAUAACAAUGGUACUGCUAUUGCGCAGUGUGACUUGAGAAACAAAAUCGAACAGCCUCAGGUGGUCUUUAUUUUCCAAAAGAUAAAAAAAUGUUUACAUCUGUGUGUUUUUGUUGUUUGUCAUCUCUCCUUUUUACUUGUUUUCUUUCUUCGAAACUCCAGAAUUCACAUCAAAGAAGGCACAAAGGUAACCUAUGAAAGCUGUAGCUAUGUAGUUCGGUAGUGUCGUGGCGGAAGGUUUGGCGGCAUUUGUCUACUGUAGCUUAAAGGAAUAUUUCACCCCAAAAUACAAAUUCUGGCUCAUUAACUCACCCUCAGUGCGACUUCUUUACUUCCGUGGAACACAAAAGGUGAAAUUUAGAGACCUUAUUCAUAGCAGCGCCAUCUUUGAUUUUUGGCGGGAAUGACAAUGAGGCUGUGAGGGAUUGACAUACAGUCUUUUCAACAGGUUGUACAGAUGUUUAAAGUGUUUUUGGAUUGUUCUGCUGACGAAACGUUGCCAAAUAUAUUUCCAAGAAAUUUCAGUAGACAAAAAAACGAAACUACACGAGUUGUGGAAAAUUGGAUGUGAUCUCGGAGCCUUUUGAUAGCUUUAUACAGUGAAUGUCAUUGAAGAGACGGUAUUUCUAUCCCUCACAGGCUCGUUUUCAUUCCCGUCAAAAAUCAAAGAUGGCGCUAUUUUGAAUAAGGUUUGAAUAAUUUUUGAAAAUGUAACUUGAGGUUUCAAGUUUCAAAUAGGAUACAAAAACACUAUCAAAGUAUACAAAAAAAUCCUUGAUAUACAGUAAGUCUCCUGAAGCCAUACAAUAGCAUUGUGUUAGGAACAAACAGAAAUUUCCAUCGAGUUCAGGUCACAGCGGUUAACAACUGUCUGGAGAAAUUACCAGGUUGCAUGUUUGUAAUGACAUGGGUGAGUCAAUGAUGACAGACUUUUUUAUUUUUGGCGAAAUUGUAGCUACACGCUGGAGAUACUUGAGCAAAUUUGUGUCUAUCCAAUUUUUGAAAUACUUCGAAGUACGAUGUGACUGAACACGUUAUAAAGAAAGUCCGACUUGUCUUACCAAUGGAAGAUGAUUUUCCUAGUUUCAUUCAAUCCCAUUUUUGGGGUUCCCCUCAUCGGCUUUUUAUUGAGUUAACGAAGUGAACGUCGCUUCAGUAUUUAGCAGUGAAGUAAAGAGCUGUGAGCGUAUUUUUCUAAAUUGUACGAGAAACUGUUUGGCAAAACAAAUGUUGAGCCUGUUGAAGUAUUUGAUACCACUUAUGUAUUAAAGAUGUUUCAAAGCUAGCUAUAACAAAGCUGUCGUUCGAUGGGUUUUUAAUAUGUCGUAACAUUAUUGUUUUUCUUUCAUUUUAUAACCACCUUUAAGCUAACCAUUUAAGUUAUGAAACGAAGAAUGUCUUUUUUAGAACGAAUAAUCACUGAAAAUAAAAGAAUUUGCGCAGAAAAAUUUGCUGAAAUAAUGCAAAAAAUGAAUUCUGUAUGAUGUUUGUACAAAAGUCUUCAUUUCUGAUGUAAUGCAGAUGUACAGUAUGUUUGAGUGGGUGAAAUGGGAUAAACUUCAACAAAAUGUCACUUUUGCUCUUUAGUCUGCUGACAUUAUGGCUUUAACCGUGCAAGUAGGAGACUUAGACUGAAUUCAUACUCUCUAGAACUUGUGUGAUAUAUAUUUUUUUUUUUGACACUUUCUGUCCUAAGGUCAUUAUGGUGAAGCACUGGUCAUAUUUCUUUUGUUCCCUGAUCAAUAAAAAUUGGUAUGCCUUC